AUUGCUUCAACGUCACGCCGUCCAGUUGCUGUUGUUGUUUUCAUUAAUUUCUCCUGGAUUUGCAUUUGUUCGACUUAAAAAAUGGUUUUUGUAAAGAACUGGGAGGAUUUCGAGAUUGCCGCCGAGAAUAUGUAUAUGGCGAAUCCUCAGAACUGUCGAUACACGAUGAAAUAUGUGCACUCCAAGGGCCACAUACUGCUAAAAAUGACGGAUAACGUAAAGUGUGUGCAAUACAAAGCGGAGAACAUGCCGGAUCUCAAGAAGAUCGAGAAGAUCACCAGUAAUUUGGUAGGACACAUGGCCUCCAAGGAGUAAACCCCGAACGACACAAAAAACGAUUUGGCCACGGCGACACUUCUGCCCGAAAACAACAACACAGCACUUGUAAAUCAGCCACAAUAGUUGUUGUUUCUUUUGGACAGCUGUGCGCGUGUGUGUGUGCCAUCAACACCUGCAACUGAAUUUAGUUUUUAAGCGCCAAACAACCGCCCAGUUUUAAAAGUUCAAAUGUGGCGAUCAGAGUAUCUGCUUUUAAACGACAUUUCAUAAAUGUCGGCUCUGUACACGUUGUGAAUAAUCUGCGGAAGGAUUCUCGAAAUCCCAUCUGCAGGCGGCGGUGGCGCAAAAUGUUUUUCGAUAAAGUUAACCAUACGAUUUUGUAUUUAUUGUAACAGUCAAUGGGUCGUAUACAUUUCCAUGAAAUGAUUAGCAUGAAAUAAACCAAGGGAAUAAUGCAGAACACCAUGAAGCGUAGUAA